GGGGAAGGCAGCGCUGAGGGAGGAGGGCGGCAGCGCAGCUCGCCGAGGAAGAGGGCUCAGACCGGAAUCUCUAAUUUAUUACUUGCUGAGUGUUCUGUCCGGUGAAAGUCAUGUCGUCCAUCUUGCCCUUCACUCCACCAGUUGUGAAGAGACUUCUGGGGUGGAAAAAAUGUGCUGGUAGCUCUGGAGGGGCUGGUGGUGGUGAGCAGAACGGUCAGGAGGAAAAGUGGUGUGAAAAAGCAGUGAAAAGCUUGGUCAAGAAGCUAAAGAAAACAGGACAGCUGGAUGAGCUUGAGAAGGCAAUUACCACUCAAAAUUGCAAUACGAAAUGUGUGACAAUACCAAGCACUUGCUCUGAAAUUUGGGGACUGAGUACACCAAACACGAUAGAUCAGUGGGAUACAGCAGGCCUUUACAGCUUCUCUGAACAAACCAGAUCUCUCGAUGGCCGCCUGCAGGUGUCUCACCGUAAAGGAUUACCACACGUUAUUUACUGUCGCUUGUGGCGCUGGCCAGAUCUUCACAGUCACCAUGAACUUAAAGCAAUUGAAAACUGUGAAUAUGCUUUUAAUCUUAAAAAGGAUGAAGUAUGUGUAAACCCUUACCACUACCAGAGAGUGGAGACACCAGUCUUGCCUCCUGUACUAGUGCCGCGGCACACUGAGAUUCUAACGGAGCUUCCGCCUCUUGAUGACUAUACCCAUUCCAUUCCUGAAAACACUAACUUUCCAGCUGGAAUUGAACCACAGAGCAAUUACAUACCAGAAACACCACCUCCAGGCUAUAUUAGUGAAGAUGGAGAAACGAGUGACCAGCAGUUGAACCAAAGCAUGGAUACAGGAUCCCCAGCAGAGCUGUCUCCUAGUACUCUCUCCCCAGUUAAUCAUAGCCUGGUUAUAGAAAGGCAACAGGAUCGUCUCAGCGUCUGGCACUCACAGCAACAUCAGCUUAAUCAUUUUACUGAGCAAAAUGCAAGCCCUGAACUGCAUGGUCUGUGGUCAGACUUGCAGCCAGUUACUUACUCGGAACCUGCGUUUUGGUGUUCGAUAGCAUAUUAUGAAUUGAAUCAAAGAGUGGGAGAAACCUUCCAUGCAUCACAGCCUUCGCUGACCGUAGAUGGCUUCACAGAUCCAUCAAAUUCAGAACGAUUUUGUUUAGGUCUGCUUUCCAAUGUAAACAGAAAUGCUACAGUGGAAAUGACAAGGCGACACAUAGGACGGGGAGUACGUCUCUACUACAUCGGUGGGGAAGUUUUUGCUGAGUGCCUAAGCGAUAGCGCGAUUUUUGUGCAGAGCCCCAACUGUAAUCAAAGAUACGGCUGGCAUCCUGCAACCGUCUGCAAAAUCCCACCAGGUUGCAAUCUAAAAAUCUUUAAUAACCAAGAAUUUGCUGCUCUUCUGGCUCAAUCUGUGAAUCAGGGUUUUGAAGCAGUUUAUCAGCUUACUAGAAUGUGUACCAUAAGAAUGAGCUUUGUUAAAGGAUGGGGAGCUGAAUACAGGCGGCAAACGGUAACAAGCACUCCUUGCUGGAUUGAACUUCAUCUGAAUGGACCUCUACAAUGGUUGGACAAAGUAUUGACUCAGAUGGGCUCCCCUUCAGUACGCUGCUCCAGCAUGUCGUAAAACUCCUUCCUCCGUUACCAGUGGGCUAAAUAUCGACUCCAAUCAACAGACUUAAUAUAACAGCUCUUCUGUCGUAGUAUUUGUGUGUGGUCCCCAUGAACUGUUUACUAUCCAAAAAGGUUUUUAAAAAACAAAAAAAAAAAAAGAAAAACAGCACUUGAGGUCUCAUCAAUUAAAGCACCUUGUGGAUUCUGUUUCCUAUACUCUGAUACUAGAUGAAAAUUUAGUUUAUAGAAAUACCUUCUUCAGAAAGAAGGGACAGUUCUAAAGACUCUUAAUGGUGUUUUUAUUGGAUAUAUAAUUGAGUGUCCUAAUGGUUUAUCAAUAACAUGAAUAGCAAAGUAUAUGUCCAGAUAAUAUAUCAUGAUCUCAAAUAUCACAGUAUUGUGCUGUUCUACAUUUUAGUUCCCAUAAAUAGUCAUUUGGUUUUUUUGAUUGGGGCAAAUCUCACAUAAAUUCCAAGACUCUACUCCUUUAUUCUUUUAUAUUUUUUUAUAUAAGCAGGUUUUCGACUUGUCCUAAACAUAAAAAGCAGACUUUCCUUGUAGAAAAGCUUAACUUUUUGCUGCCUUCUUAAAGAAAAAGAAAAUCCCUCCAUUGGAAGGGAAAGAAAUGUCUUGAGAUUCAUCUGUGAAACCUUAAGACACUUUAUAUGCUUAAUGGGGCCUAAAAUGAAUUCAUAUUAUAAAUUCCAAGUCUUCAUCACACUAGGAGUCUACUUUUCCCUACUCAUCUGAGUUGACACAUCUGUUACCAGCAGUAUUACUGGCACUGAUAUAAUUUGGGACUUUUUUAGUACCUUGAAUCAUUGAAAUCAGUAUUUUUUUCUCAUGGAAUGAGAAUUUACUGUAGCAUUGGAUACAGAAUUAAGUACGCAAGGUUCUGGGCGUACCCCUUACAUCUGUUUGGGGUUUUUUGUUUGGUUUAUUUUUUUUAAUUAAACAGAUGCUACUAAAAAUAAUGGUUUUUAGGUUUUGGAGCCAGAUACCUUGAAAAAUCCUUUCCCAGGGUAAACUAGACUCUUUCGUAGUUUUUUAAAUAGAUGCAGCUUCUUAACAUAUUUCAGUAACAGAAUUUAAAUUUCUGAUCAGAGUGGCUUUGUAUAGCUUACUUACAUACCAGAUCAUACGCAUUCAUUAUGUCAUAAUGGGCCUUGUUAUUAAAAGUAGUUGCUUCUGCAAAACCUCUAGGAUAGUGGUUGCUGAGGUAUGACCAGCGAAGGAGGACUUCUAGGUUCUUCAUGACAGUGCAUGUUAUUGUGAACCCUUGGACACUACAGCUGCACCAUAUUAAAAAAAAAAAAAAAUAUUCUGAAAUAUAUUCUACAAAUAAGUCUGGGUUGGGGAAGGGUUGGGAAACUGUAUAGAAGGGUUAUUCUGACUUGAAAAAAUAUACAUCUUACUAACAAUCUUGUGAUCUAGCUGUCUGUCAUUCUUUUGUUAUUGUGGCAGUAGCAGGAUUGCUUUUUGUCUGGUUUUUUCUUUCCUCUCCCACAUUUUCACCCAUUACACUAGUACCGUACUUUGUAAGUACGUCUAGUGAUAACUUUAGCUUUGAGAACAAAAAAAUGUGGCCAGUGUUACAGCUUUUAAUCAGUUGACUGAACCGAUGGUAGUAACGGAUAUUCUUAUGCCGUAAUGACUAGGGCAUAGAAGCAAUACCAAAAAUCAAGCCUUGAAAAAACGGGCCAGACACCUUUUAAAUACAUAAAUAAAUAAAAGAAUUGGCAAAGCAGUUACCAGUUUGUGCUAGUUUUACCAGUAGACCAAUGUAUUGGUAGAACUUGUGAACCUAAGAAAUAAGCUUCAUGCGUGUUGCAUUUGCCUAAUACGUGAAUACACUAAUAAAAGUUUUAAUUCUCAUGA